AUACUAGCAUUUUCCAGAAGAUUUUAUAAAAAUAUUAUAUAAAUUAAUUUUCACCAAAUUCUUUCAUUUCCUUAUUAUUUUUUAUAUACAAUUAUAUAUUACAAAUGACUCAAGAUAAUAACACCAAUGAUCAAAAUAUGAAGGAAGUUGAGACUUAUGCUUUUCAAGCGGAGAUAGCUCAGCUUAUGAGCUUGAUUAUUAACACGUUUUACUCCAAUAAAGAAAUUUUUUUGAGAGAAUUGAUAUCCAAUGCUUCUGAUGCUUUAGAUAAAAUACGCUAUGAAAGUUUGACUGAUCCAACAAAAUUAAAUGCUGAAAAAGAACUUUACAUCAAAAUUAUUCCUAACAAAGAGGAUAAAACCUUAACAAUUAUAGAUACAGGUAUAGGUAUGACCAAAGCUGAUCUUAUUAAUAAUUUGGGUACUAUUGCAAAAUCUGGAACCAAAGCAUUUAUGGAAGCUUUACAAGCUGGUGCUGAUAUAUCUAUGAUUGGGCAAUUUGGUGUUGGAUUUUAUUCAAGUUAUUUGGUUGCAGAUAAAGUUAUUGUCAUUUCAAAACACAAUGAUGAUGAGCAAUAUACCUGGGAAUCAUCUGCUGGUGGCUCAUUCACCAUAAAAGAAGAAAACACUGAUUUAUUACCUAGAGGAACUAGAGUGAUUUUAUAUCUAAAAGAAGACCAGCUUGAUUAUUUGGAAGAAAGAAAAAUCAAAGAAGUUGUCAAAAAACACAGUCAGUUUAUUGGUUACCCAAUCAAACUUGUAGUACAAAAAGAAAGAGACCGAGAAAUAAGUGAUGAUGAAGAAGAAAUGAAAGAAGAUAAAAAAGAUGAUAAAGAAGAUAUAAUAGAUAAUGAAACACCUAAAGUUGAAGAUGUUGGCAAUGAAGAAGAUGAUGAAAAAGUCAAAGAAAAGAAAAAAAAGAAAAUAAAGGAGAAAUAUGUUGAAGAUGAGGAAUUAAACAAAACAAAACCUAUUUGGACAAGAAAUCCUGAUGAUAUAACACAAGAAGAAUAUGGUGAUUUUUACAAAAGCUUAACUAAUGAUUGGGAAGAUCAUCUAGCUGUUAAACAUUUUUCUGUGGAAGGCCAACUUGAAUUUAAAGCUCUUUUAUUUUUACCAAAACGAUGCCCAUUCGAUAUGUUUGAGACAAGGAAGAAAAAAAACAAUAUUAAAUUAUAUGUCAGACGUGUUUUUAUAAUGGAUAAUUGUGAAGAAUUAAUUCCAGAAUACUUAUGCUUUAUCAAGGGUGUAGUUGACUCAGAAGAUCUUCCUCUUAAUAUUUCCCGUGAAAUGUUGCAACAAAAUAAAAUUCUGAAAGUUAUAAGAAAAAAUAUUGUAAAAAAAUGCCUUGAAAUGUUUGAAGAAUUAUGUGAAGAUAAAGAGCAAUACAAAAAGUUUUAUGAACAAUUCUCCAAGAACUUAAAAUUGGGUAUCCAUGAAGACAGCCAAAAUCGUAAAAAGUUGUCUGAGUUUUUGCGUUAUAACACUUCUGCCUUUCCUGAUGAAAUGGUUUCCCUCAAGGAGUAUGUUAGUCGAAUGAAAGAAAAUCAAAAAAAUAUUUUCUAUAUUACUGGUGAGAGUAAAGAACAAGUUCAAAAUUCAGCUCUUGUUGAAAAUGUGAUCAAAAGAGGCUUUGAAGUUAUAUACAUGACAGAGCCCAUUGAUGAGUACUGUGUUCAGCAAUUAAAGGAUUAUGAUGGGAAGCCACUAGUAUCUGUUACCAAAGAAGGCCUUGAAUUGCCUGACAAUGAAGAGGAAAAGAAGAUUUUUGAUGAGCAAAAGAUUAAAUUUGAACCUCUAUGUAAAGCCAUGAAAGAUAUUUUAGAUCGCAAAAUUGAAAAGGUUACUGUUUCCAAUCGACUUGUGAAUUCACCAUGCUGUAUUGUUACUAGUCAAUAUGGGUGGACUGCCAACAUGGAGAGAAUUAUGAAGGCUCAAGCUUUAAGAGACAAUUCAACCCUUGGUUACAUGGCCGCCAAAAAACACUUGGAAAUAAACCCCAAUCAUUCAAUCAUGAAAACUUUAUGCCAGAAGAUUGAGACUGACAAAAAUGAUAGAUCAGCUAGGGAUUUGAUUAAUCUAUUGUAUGAAACCUCACUCCUUUCAUGUGGUUUUACCCUUGAAGAUCCCACAGGUCAUGCCUGUUGCAUAUACAGAAUGAUCAAACUAGGUUUGGGUAUUGAUGAAGAUGAAGCUAACAUCUCUGGAGACCAUGUAGAUGCUAAAAUUGAUGAGCUCCCUCAACUUGAUGAAUCUGAAGAUAAAAAUAGGAUGGAAGAAGUUGACUAGAUAUAUUUUAUUAUAAAUUAGAAUUACUGAAUAUCCACUUAUAUUUAAUACAAAUGAUUAGUGUAUUUAAAUUCUCAUUUGUAUUGUACAUUGUAUGUUAUAUUUUUUGUGUCAUUGUAAGAAGUUUCUAAUAAAAGAUUUUUAUUUUUUAAAA